AAUAUUUUGUUGGAGGACUGUAUAGGUACCUAAUGGCUAAUCCUUAUAGUUUAAUAUUUUAACUUAAGUAGUUAAAGAAUCUUAAUACAUGUCUAUAAUAUCUAGUAUCUACAUACACUUUGUACACUAGCACACGUCCUAGCUGGCUAGUCCGCCCUGACUUAAAAAUAAUAUAGUUUAUGUUUGAAAAUCGUCCCGAAUUAUUAUAAAAAAUAGAUUCUAUUCUGUGGUUCUAUCAUGAAUUCGGUGAGAUUUAAAAAAAAACACAUGAACGAACUCUAAUAAUGUUUUCUGAGAUAUAACACAUACACCUCGUAGUUGAAUACAUUUAAAUUAAUUCUAAUACAUCUUUUUCCAUAGGCAUCUGUAGUAACUAUCUACAUAUUGAUAAACAUUUUCACUGAUUCUGUUAAAAAAAUGGGUACCUAUAAAGUAUAAACUCUCAAUAUUUAUGUCAGCUUAUCAAUUUCAUUAGCGCCCAGCAGUAUCUAUAAAUCAGAGCUUUGUUGCAUGCCUUUUGUAUUUUAGUAUAUCAUGGGUAGAUGGGAAGUUGUCUAUUUUCUUAAAGAUAAUAGUAUUGAAGCAGUGCCUGAUACAUGGGUCAAAAAAGAUCUUUGUGCUUGGCCGAAAUCAUCAAAAAAUAUAAAAAAGUUAAUUAAAAACCGAUACAAGCCAAAUAAAACAGAUUUUUUUUAUUAUCCAGCACGUAUCUUGGGAACAAAAAACUAUGCAACAUUAGCUGAAGCACAAGCCAAACUCUCAAGAGCAACUACAAAUUCGGACUUGUCUACUACAACAGAAGAUGAGGAAAAAAAAAAAAAAAAAGAAAACAUUUAAUUCAUCUGCAGGAUUAGUUGACAUGCAUUUUCCACCACCUAUGUAUAAAGAUUAUUGCUCUAAAGUAACAAAAUCAAAACACGAUGUUGAAUCUAUAUUCAAUGUUGACAAUCGCGAAUCACUGAGUGAUAAUAAUGAUGAUAAUAUUGCUGAUGAUAAUGAUGAUUCAGAUUGUGAUCCAACGUGGGGAAAUGCAAGCAUCAUAAGCAAUAAAGGUAGUGAUGAUUCAAAUUCAGAAGAAAAUAUUUUGAUCCAAUCUUCAUCAAAUGCUGUAUUUUCACCAAACACCCAAGUUUGGAAGGUCAAUCAUUUAAAUAGAUAUGAACAAACUGAAAUAGCACCAAAUUUUCAAGGAGUACACAAAUCACCUGGAAAAUGGAAUAUAUCAAGUACUAACAACCAAACUGAAGAUGCAGAAGCAUUGAAACAUGUAACAAAAACUUUGGUUUUGGAUGCAAAUAAUAAAAACCUUAGUAAAAAUGUGAAUGAUGGAGAUAGCGUUACAACAAAAUCUGCAGAUAAUUUGCAUUCAAGUAUUAAUUUUGAUGGUGGUAUGUUCAUGUCUUCUCACGAUUUUCAAAAGUUUACAUUCACAUCAUUAACUCACUUAAAAUAUGACAUGAGUGCUAUGAUGCAUAUUAUUAAGGAUACUAACGAAAAGGUGCAAGCACUAAUGGCACAAUCAAACAAUAAUUUUAUAUCCACAAUUUCCCCAAAACAAAAUUCAAUUGAUAUGAACAUAUUCCCAUUAACUAGUGAUGAUGGACUUAUGGCAGAAGAAAAAAAAUUAGAUGAUACUCAUUAUAGAAAUGAAUUGAUUUGUAAAUUAUCAUUGUUGGUUGACAAUAAUAAUUUAAACAAUAGUGUGAGAAGAAUUAUUUCACGCUUGUGUGAUGAUACAUUACUUCUAAGUUAUUCGCUAACUGGUUUCAAACAUAAUAAGCCAUUUGGAAGUCUUAAAAUAUACCAGGUUAUUAUUGAUGCUGUGAGAUUAAAUUUGCAAUAUGCUAAAGUACCUGAUAAAAAAAUUGAUGUUCCACUUCGGGUCUGGUUGGAUCAUGCAAAAUUCAGAAUUAAGGAGAAAAAUGAAAAAAAGAACAAAGAUAUUAAAUUGAUAAAUUAAAUAAUUGUAUUAAUACAAUUAUUAUAAAAAGUUAUUAUAAUAAUAAA